CAGUUUGAGAAGAAAAAGCGAAGUACUACCAACGUUACAAGUGGGCAAAUAUUCUGAGCCAGCCUGUACUGUUAGUCGUAGUAUCGAGACACAGUGCGGCUUUGUGGCAGAUGAAAGUAGAAGCCCAUUGGAAGGACAGGGCCAACAACUACUGCGCGAUACAAUUAAACUAAAUUACAGUAUACAGUUCAUGUUUAUACUUGCGAUGCAGAAACGAUUUAUAUUUUGGAAGGGAUGUGAAACGUAGAAAGAUGCAAGGGGAAUACAUCCUCGUAUUCUAUGGAUUGUUAACGUUGGGGCAAUAUAUACAAGCACGAUCGAAUAGACAGCACACCUGGCAAUAUCAAAAUGACGACAUCAAAAGUACGUCACUACAAGAGACAUGGUCGGGGUGGUCUCAGUGGUCUGCUUGUUCACGCACGUGUGGCUUAGGGGCCAUCUCAAGGUACAGGGAAUGUGUGGGUCAGGUCGGUGGGAGAGUUAUACGACUCAAAGAGCCCACCUGUCCUGGACAAAAACAUGAAUUUGUUCAAUGUAAUACUCAGGUAUGUCCAGAUGAUAGUGGUGGAAAUGCUGACUAUUUAUCCGAGCAAUGUACGAAACACAACAGCUUUUUCCUUGGGUCGCAGCAAUACACAUGGGUACCUUAUAAGCCUUCUGGGGUCAGCAACCCUUGCCAGCUCGUAUGUAUGUCAAAGAAGUAUAAGUUCUAUUAUAACUUUGGAAACGUCGUCGACGGAACCCCGUGUGGUGCUAAAAAAGUCUGUGUGAGAGGCAGCUGUCUGUCGACUGGAUGUGAUGGUAAGAUAGGUUCUGACGAGGAGGUUGACCAAUGUAUGGUUUGCGGAGGUCGCAACUUGACGUGUCUUCACAUUAAAGGGCAGUUCACACAGAAACUUCCAGGACCAGAGACAGAUUACUAUGGUUACAACGAGAUAGCAACAAUCCCCGCUGGUGCUACGUAUAUCAACAUAACAGACAAACACAAAAAUAUAUAUAUUGCGAUUCAAAAAGAAAACAAAGACUUUGUAAUAAAUGGUGACAGAAAAAUUGAUUACCCCGGGAAGUAUUCGACGGUGGGUACAACUCUCUAUUACGACCGGGCUUGGGACUCCUCGGAAAACCUCCAUGCCAAAGGUCCAACAACAGAGAUGCUCUACGUCAAGGUCUUGGUUAGUAGUAGAGAGAAAAUCAACCCGGGCAUCACAUACGAAUACUGGAUCCACAAAGACAAAUACCCCAACGACCUUGACCCCGUGAAGAACACAUUCACGGACAAUGACAUUUACAAACCAACUUAUACAAAACCGCCAACAAAACCUACCAAGGUUGACGAUAAGCUGACAACGGCCAGGGCAGUUGGCCAUCCACCUUAUAAAGAGAACACUGUUGAUAAGUCAGUGAGAAACUCCAGGACAAAAUACAGAAAACAUGGUUCAGCAACAUCACGUGACUUGAAAAGACAGGCGAGAAUAGCGUCGCGGAAGUACUGUCCGAAGUGCAGAAGAGUAAAAGGCAGGAAAACCAAUUUCUGUCCAAGUGACUUUGUUCUAAUGGGGCAUGUCUUAUCAACACGAGUCAUCAAUGACAAUGAAACUCAAAUUGAUUUUGAAGUAAAACAAUCAUAUAGAAAUACAAUUCAUAUACUACACAGAGAGUUCAUAUGGGUAACAAAUGUGUGCAACUGCCCAAAGUUACGUGCUGGACAAGACUAUGUAAUCAUGGGCAAGUCCGUGAUAAGGAACCGCGAGGGACGGUUGGAGUUAGAAUCUAAUAGUUAUGUAAGGAAGUAUAAUCAAAAGGAAGGAUCAAGAUUGGAAAAAAUGAUGAAGAAAAAGAACUAUUGUAAGAAAUUCUACCAAAAAGCAGAUCUGUCCAAGAAAACACCUAACUCCAUUGGUUGAUACAUGAUGUACAAGAUAUAUGGGAUCACGUGAACCAUUUUGUUUUAGUGCCCUGAGUUAGACAGUUCCAUGCACGUGGAAACGUGCAAUUAUAAAUGUAUGAUAUACAUAUUAUUUAUUUAUAAAAACUGCUAUAUAAUGUGCAAAUUUCGUAAUUUUUAUACUUCACCUUGAAAACAUACCUCACGAUAAUAAAAUGUGUUUAAUAGUUUAGUUAUGUAGCUUGUUUGUGUUGUUAUAACAGCGUGAAUGACUGCUGAG